AUGGCUGAAAGACUGCAGAAGCAUAGAUUUCAAGACACUUCCCCUCCGUCUUCUCCUUCCGAUUUCCUCUGGGAAAAAAUGUGUGGGCUCUUCUUUGUCCUGGUGACGUUCACAGCAGGUGCCUCUGCUUUCCGACUCCAGCAAGUCAAAAGCACAGAAAAGUGCCCAGAUCACACCGUGUAUUUCAAACCCUACUAUGAAUUGCAUGGAGAACCUGUGGUUCUGAAAUGCCCUUCCCCCAGAUACAAACAUCUGGAUUUUUCUGCCUUGACUCCUAAUAUCACAUGGUAUAAAAACGGUUCAAAAACCAUGAUAUCAGGAGGAGAUGAAGAUCCAAGAAUAUGGGCAAAAGGAGAUGCACUCUGGUUUUUACCAGCAGUGCUAGAAGACUCAGGAGUAUAUAUCUGCACCAGAAGGAACUCCUCCUACUGUGCUGAGGUCUCCAUCCACCUCACGGUCAUGGAGAAAACAGCUGCUCGGGAGAUUGCUUAUCUCCAGGUCCUCUUCGCUUUCACCUCUGGAAAGAUUGUUUGCCCUGAGCUGUGGGACUUCGAACCAAAUAGGACAAGCCUGGACCUGAAGUGGUACAAGGAUGCUCUGCCUUUGGAAGGUGAUGAUGAAAAAUUCAUAAUUCUGAAAGGCUCGACUUCUCUGAUCGUGACUUCUGUGCUGCCAACAGAUGCUGGCUAUUACACCUGCAAGAUGGCAUUUCCACACGAAGGUGUAACGUUUGAAAUCACCAGGACAAUUCAAAUGAAGACCGUUG